CCCGCCUUUAUUUGUUAUUUUCCAGUUUCCGUCUUCUUUCUCGUCUCUCUGUCGGAAACUCCAAACGCGUGCCGUUUCUGCAGAUUCCGGCGACGAUGAACUAGAAGCCGUUGCAUCUCCGAUCAGAAACGAAAAUGAAGAUCAACAAAGCCUGCGAUCUCUCUUCCAUCUCCGUCUUUCCUCCUCCUCUUCUUCAUUCAAGGAAAGCGAACAACGUAUCAAGUGGAUUGCAAGUUUCUCACUCUCAGCAUCGCACGCAACCAUCGCAGCAAUCGUUUUCGCAGGGACUUUCAUCUCAGCACGGAUUGCUGUCUCAUUUCUCUCAAAACUCUCUCGAUGAGGCCGUCACAACUAAUGAACCGAGAGUUGGUUCUCAAGAACAAGAGAACUCUUUGAGGAGGCUUUCUAGCUUGCCCCGACCUACAUAUUCACGGGAAGAGAGUCACCCCCUUAACUCUAGAUCUUCGUCCAAUCUAAUGCUCAAAUGGAACUCUGCAGAUCAUAAAGGUCAGUUAAGUGAAGGACUUGAACACCGAAUAGGCAUAAUGGAAACUUCAUUGAGCAGGUUUGCGAUGAUCUUGGAUUCUGUUCAAAGUGACGUUAUGCAAGUAAACAAAGGAACAAAGGAAAUUAUUUUGGAGGUGGAAUGCAUAAGGCAGAAGUUGAUAGCUCAGGAUAACUCAUUUCAGUUGAUGACUAAAGGACAAGAAGAAUUCAAAGCAAUGAUUGAUGGGAACUUGAAAUCUUUAUCUGAACAAAUGAGCCAUGUUUCAAAGAAAGAGAAGCUACAGGAUGUAUAUUUGGCGGUUUCUCCAUUGCCUCGGCUAAUUGAAGCCUCUAUGCAAAGUGUAAAAAACGAUCUCUGUAACAUCACCAAGGAAAUGCAGGCACGUACCAUAUGGCAAUUUAUAAUGAUUAAUACAUGCAGACGAAUUAAACUUUUAAACUCUUUAGCUCUCUUUCUUUUCCUUCUUGUUUACGGAAUUUCUUCCAAUCUUAAAAGCUUCAACCAAAAGAAUAUGGCACCGCCGUCUUUGUCCUUAAAGAAUUUAAGCAAACAGGUUAUCACACCGAAAAAGCGACAGCCUCUUGCUAAAGAGGCGAAUACUAGUUUACAAGCUGCUGUAGCUCCAGAGGUAGAAAUGGGCGGCUGGAAGUCAGUAAAAAAGGAACGAGUCACUUUUUCAGAUAAAGCAUCUGAGAAGGUACAAAAGAAAAAAGAGCCACAAACUGAGAAGUUUAUGAAGGGAGGUAUAGACUGUGCUAUUGUCAUUGAAUCUGACGAGGAGACUGAAGUGGGAUUUUCCUGCUUGGUCAAAGAAAACGCAGGGAGAUCAGGAGAAGACCUAUUUGGCAAAUUGACCAAGGAAGAAGAGGAAGAAACUGAGCGAAUUUUGCGGAAAGCAAGGAGGCGUAAGAGGAAAAGUAUUGUAAUACUAUAAAAAUAUACUGAAGGAGAAGUUUGUUAUUUUCAGAUGCAGGGAAAACACCCGAGGCUGGAACUUGGAUAUAAUUGAGGAACUUUUGGUGUUUUUUCUUAAUAAAGUGAAGUCUCGCUUUAAGAAUUAGUAUCGAUCUUAGUUAUACAGGUACUACUCAU